CACCUAUUCUCAAGAGGGAAAAAUAAUACAACAUCCAAUAAUGUAAUGCCACAUGUACCCAAACAAUAGAGGACAUAGAUAGGAUUCCCACCACAUGAUUGGGUGAUGGUAUUGAGCAAAGAUAUUACAAUUUAUGUGAUUUGUGGGUAGGAAUUAGGAUCAAACCACAAGAAUCAAAACCAAACUAGAGAGUGAGUAACAUUCUGCAACACUCAGAACUCAGAAUUAAGCAAAGAUGGCAGCAAUAGCUGCUGCUUCUACUGCUUAUCUUGGAAACAUUGACCAUCUUUCUUCCAAACCUUCAUUGUCUCGCACUUCUACCUCAUCAAGAUCUCCCAAAAUCCUAGCUAUGGCAUCUAAAAAGAAGGUGAACAAAUAUGACCCAGGAUGGAAAAAAGAAUGGUUUGGUGCAGGACUGUUUUUUGAAGGGAGUGAACAAGUUGAAGUAGAUGUAUUCAAGAAGUUAGAAAAAAGAAAGAUUUUAAGCAAUGUUGAGAAAGCAGGAUUACUAUCAAAAGCAGAAGAGCUUGGAUUUACACUUUCUUCUAUUGAGAAACUUGGUGUCUUUUCUAAGGCAGAGGAAUUGGGUUUACUAAGCUUAUUGGAGAAAUCAGCUAGUCUUAAUCCUGCAACCUUAGCAUCCCUUGCAUUGCCUUUUCUAUUGGGGGCGAUUAUAGCGGUUGUACUCAUCCCUGACGACUCGACAGCCCUUGUGGUGGCUCAAGCGGUGGUUGCCGGUACUCUUUUUGUCGGGGCUGCCGGGUUGUUGGUGGGGUCUGUGGUUUUGGAUGGGUUGCAAGAGGCUGAUUAAUUUGUAUAAUUGGUACAAGUAUGUAUGUACAUGCUAGUGUGGUUGGGGUUUUGGAAUAUUAUAGGCACAUGGUGUGACAAUUUGAGAAAAAAAGUGUGAAGAAUUUUUGGGCACUUCCAACAACUAGGACUCCUUUUAACUAUUAUGGUAAUUUUUAUGUAUGAAUAUUUCCACUAUAUAUUAUAGGAAGGAUUUUUUUAUAUAGUUUACUUAUUUGUUAUAUGAGUAAGAAUGGGUUUAUUUCUUAAA